AAGAAACCCCCAAAACCAGAAAACAAAACCCCGUCUCGCUCCUUCUCAAAACUCAAAAUCGGAAAAGAAAAAAAAAAAUAUUCAUGGAAGCGAUUCUCACGGACUGUGUACAGAACAGUCUCCGCCAUUUCAUGCAUCAAAACGCCAUUUUCCUCUGUGAACGUCUCUGUGCCGAGUUCCCUUCCGAGAUGAAUUUGCAGUUAUUAGCUGCCUGCUACUUGCAGAACAAUCAGGCAUAUGCUGCAUAUAAUAUUUUAAAGGGAACUCAAAUGGCUCAAUCCCGCUAUUUGUUUGCAAAAUCAUGCUUUCGGAUGAAUCUUUUUAGUGAAGCUGAAGCUGCAUUAAGUCCUGCUAAUGAACCUAAUGCAGAGAUUCCAAAUGGAGCAGCUGGUCACUACCUUAUUGGGCUUAUUUACAGGUACACUGAUAGAAGGAAAAGUGCUAUUCACCACUUUAAACAGGCCUUGUCUCUGGAUCCUUUACUGUGGGCUGCAUAUGAAGAAUUGUGUAUACUAGGUGCUGCCGAAGAAGCAGAUGUUGUUUUCGGUGAAGCAGCUGCUCUUCGUAUUCAAAAGCAGUACUUACAUCAGGGAUCAACAUCCCUAAACUUGUACUCGUCCAAUGAGGAUCGCAACUUAGUUUUUUCUAAAAACUUUGGUUCAGAUGAUGUCAGUCCAAGGCAAUUGAAAAACAUGCAAACUAAUAACCUGAGAGAUAUUCCUGGAAACUAUCAUGGAGCAAGUAUGUUGGCUGGAGCUUCUAGUCAACCAUUAAACGGUGGUCCUUCAAAUAUGUCAUUUUAUAAUACCCCUUCGCCAGUGGCCACACAGUUGUCAGGUGUGGCUCCUCCACCUUUGUGUAGAAAUGUGCAACUCAAUGGUUCAAACCUAAACACACUUGGUACAGAUAGCUUCCCAAAGUCAACUGUGAACUCUACCAUACAGGCUCCUCGAAGAAAGUUUGUGGAUGAAGGAAAAUUAAGAAAGAUUUCUGGGAGAUUAUUUUCUGAUUCUGGCCCACGACGCAGUACAAGACUUUCUGGAGAAGCAGGCAACAAUGCAAAUGCAAGUGUCACAAUGGUAGCUGGAAAUGGAACUAGCAGUUCUUCUAAACAUCUUGGAGGUUCCAAGUUCAGUUCCGUGGCACUUCGUUCUGUAACAGUGCGUAAAGGGCAGUCUUGGGCCAAUGAAAAUGUUGAUGAAGGGGUAUGUAAUGAAGCUUUUGAUGAUUCUCGGGCAAGUAUUUCUUCAACAAAUUCUAGUUCUCUUCCCUGUGGUGAUAGUAGAACUGUUGCACAAGGAGCAAUUAUGCCGACUGGGGGGGUUUCCUUGAGUGAUUCUAGAGUAAUAAGUGGUACUUCAGAAAUAUUGGGCCUCUUGAGAAUUCUUGGGGAAGGCUACAGACUUUCCUGCAUGUUCAGGUGCCAGGAUGCAUUGGAUACCUAUCUGAAACUACCACAUAAGCAUUAUAAUACCGGUUGGGUGCUUUCCCAGGUUGGAAAAUCAUAUUUUGAAUUGGUAGAUUAUAUAGAAGCUGAUCGGGCCUUCAGUCUUGCUCGUCGGGCAUCACCAUAUUGUUUAGAAGGAAUGGAUAUAUAUUCAACAGUUCUAUAUCAUUUGAAGGAAGAUAUGAAGUUGAGUUACCUCGCACAGGAGUUGAUUACAACUGACCGCCUAGCUCCUCAAUCCUGGUGUGCAAUGGGAAACUGUUAUAGCUUACAGAAAGACCAUGAAACAGCUCUUAAAAAUUUCCAGCGAGCUGUUCAAUUGAAUGCAAGAUUUUCAUAUGGGCACACCCUUUGUGGUCAUGAAUACGUAGCUUUGGAGGAUUUUGAAAAUGGAAUCAGGAGCUACCAGAGUGCCCUACUGGUUGAUGCUAGACAUUAUAAUGCUUGGUAUGGGCUUGGGAUGAUCUUUCUUCGCCAAGAGAAGUUUGAGUUUUCGGAGCAUCACUUUCGAAUGGCUUUCCAAAUAAACCCACGUUCCUCUGUUAUAAUGUCUUAUCUUGGAACUGCUUUACAUGCCUUAAAGAGAAGCGAAGAGGCUAUUGAGGUGAUGGAGAAGGCUAUAUUAGCGGACAAGAAGAAUCCUCUUCCCAUGUAUCAGAAGGCUAAUAUACUUGCGAGCUUGGAAAAUUUUGAAGAAGCCCUCAAAGUCCUAGAGGAACUUAAAGAGUAUGCCCCUCGCGAAAGUAGUGUGUAUGCUUUAAUGGGCAAGAUAUAUAAGCGGCACAAUAUGCAUAACAAAGCCUUGCUUCACUAUGGUCUUGCUUUGGAUCUGAAACCUCCUGCAACUGAUGUCGCUGCCAUUAAGGCUGCCAUUGAAAAGUUGCACGUACCAGAUGAAAUUGAAGACAACCUAUAAAUCAACUUGCUUGAGAUGUGCAGGUGUUGUCAAUUGUCCGGCUCAGGAUGCUGGCCCCAGGGAAUUGGCCUGCUUGUGCUGUCGGCUGAAAAUUAUUGAAGCAUGUAUUCUAACCAGAAGAUCCAGUGAGAGUAGCCUCAGUUUUGUAGGUAAUUCGGACACUAAUGGAACAAGGUCAGUAAAUCUGCCACACUUGCAUGAAUAGUGUUAUAGUACGCCCCUUGUUGGGGGUAAAGAGAAAGGCUUAUGUCAUUAGUUUGUAAUUAUAUUUUGCUUGACCCAUCUUGAUUCGUGAACACAGAAUUUAAGUUCUAAUUUAUUUUGGUUCAGACUGGAAUUAGGAACCGCUUAGUAAUGAGAGAUACUGCUGUAGUUGAGCCAAUUUCUGAAUCUAAAAGCAAUGAACUAAAAUACCAAGGGAUUAAUGAAAACAUAAACAUUGUGUCAUCA